AUGCAGCGCCAGUUGCCCAGAGGUCGUGAAUCCGCCGGCGCACCCGACGUCUCCCCUUAUCCCCCUCCCCCAGGUAGCUGGCCAUCCGCUAUCCCUGCAGUCCGCGAGCUGGUGGCCAUUGGGAUGCUCUGGGGAGUGGCCCUGCUGCGCUCCAGGACCUACCUGAGCUACUAUGACCUGUCGCAGCUGGCCAACCUGACCGCGUGCCACCCAGCGUGGAGCGCGCCUCGCCAAGACCUUUGCGCCUUCGUCUUCAGCUGGUUGCUGGCUCUGUGGCUGAGGUCUGGUGCCCAGCGGGCCAAACGCGAGGUGAUGCACGUGACCGUCUCGGUGGGCCAGCUCUUCUGCCUCUAUGGAGUGCCCCACCACGCGCUUACCCUCUGCGUAUAGUUUGGCCGCUUCCUGGUCACUCGAGCCAUUUGCAAGCUGUGCAUCCUUGUGCACCUGGUAUCCAAUGCCAACUCCUGUGUUAACCCCAUCCUUUCCUACGCCCUGGUCUCGGAGCACUUCUGCAAGAUCUGCGCAGGUCUCUUGCCCCGCGCCACACGACCAGCCUCAGGCCGAGUGAGCGAUGGGCGCGACACCCACGCUGGCAGCCAUGCUGGAGCCCGAGUACACGAGUACACAGACGUGACGCAUAUGAGGGAGGCGGUGUGGCCUCUGGUCCCUGCACCAACCCUUCCCAGCUGUGCAGCCUCCAGUAAAGCUCUUGGUCUGUCAAGGGAUCCAAACAACAUCCUGGCAGUGUGA